AAGCCUCUUUAGUACCACCAGGCUGGUCUUUGGCACCUGGGCUUCCCAGCAGGCCAGCUGGGGUCUCGGGAGAGGACUUGCCUUCUCAGCUUGGCUUCACGAUGAAGUUCCUUCUCAGCGCCUUCUUCCUGUGGCUCAGUCUAAGGGGCUGUGUGGGCCAGAGUGAACCCGACUCGGAAGCUGGGGAAUCCUAUUCUGACUGGGGUCUUCGGCACAUCCGGGGCAGCUUUGAAUCAGUCAACAGCUAUUUUGACUCCUUUCUGGAGCUGCUAGGAGGGAAGAAUGGAGUUUGCCAGUACAGAUGCAGAUACGGAAAGGCACCAAUGCCCAGGCCUGGUUACAAGCCACAGGAGCCCAAUGGCUGCAGCUCUUACUUCUUGGGACUCAAGGUACCAGACAGUAUGGACUUGGGGAUCCCAGCAAUGACCAAGUGCUGCAACCAGCUGGACUCCUGCUAUGAUACCUGUGGGGCAAACAAAUACCGUUGUGACGCAAAAUUCCGUUGGUGCCUCCAUUCCAUCUGCUCAGAUCUCAAGCGCAGCCUGGGAUUUGUCUCCAAGGUGGCAGCUUGUGAUUCAAUUGCCGACACGAUAUUCAAUACCGUAUGGACCUUGGGCUGCCGGCCAUUCAUGAACAGUCAGAGGGCAGCCUGCGUCUGUGCUGAAGAGGAGAGGGAAGAGUUAUGAUGCAGAACUGGCUUCCCCCUGCCCUCCGAUGAGACCACAUCUGCCUGCAUCCCUCCCUCAGAGGGGACAGAGAAAACAAGCGAUACUUCUUCCUCCUUUCUUGUAACAGGCAACCUACCACGGAGGGAGAGCAGUGUGUUACAACCAAAAAGCGAGGCAUUACUUUUGGGAACACCUACCUGACAGUGAGCAAGAGGGGGGAUCUGAAGGCUGUUCCCUAUUUUGGUACCUCUAUGUCCCACUGUUGUAAGGUUUCGGAAUCCCCCCGCCUGGGAAAACUUUUCACAGCAGAGAAAAUACAACACAAACUCUGAGAGUUCUGGAGUUGAUGCUCAUAUUCAUCUUGAACUCUGGGCAAAUCUGAACCCUUGUGAGGGGGGUGGUGACUUUCCAUCAGUCCAUGCUUUAGUUGUCCCUUUCUAGACACAAUAAAGUGAAUUUUUUUAAAACUUUGAAAAA